AUGACCCAGCAACCCGAUCGGACGCGAUUGACGCGCGUGCUCUUCCCGCUCUAUCUAACAGCCUCCUCGUUUUCCUCGGAGAAAACAUCCAACAAGGCCCACGAACGCAGAUUUACGAGACAAUUCUCUGCAAUCAACUACUCCCAGGAAACUCGACCAUCACAUUCUCAAGUGAUGGAUGCAAAGCAAGACGGUCCAAGAGGACUUGGCUUUUCUCAAGGGCACAGAGAGAUUAUUAGGCGCACCGCCAACUAUUCUAGUGAUUCCAUGGAGUAUCUUUGCCGAGCGAUACGGCCGCUGCCUCUCCCUCAGACUAGCUUUGAUAGGCGUGUUCUGCGAGGAAGCAUGGGGCUGUCUCAUCUGCUGGUUUUCCACCACAUUCCCCAUUCGCCUCAUCCUUCUGGCACCCUUAUUCGGGGUGAUAGGAGGCGGUCCUGCGGUCAUUAUCACCAUGAUACAUUUACUGGCCGCCGGAGCCACCACGGAAGAACAGCGGACAGAAACCUUUUUCGUCAUCCGCGCCAUGGCAAUCGCAGCAGCCAUGCUGGCUCUGCUCGGCAGCUCAGCCCUCAUGAUCCGUCAUGUCUGGGUGCCAUGGUUUCUCGGGUUAUUCUGUCUUCUACUCGCAAUGCUAGCUACCCCGUCUGAGCCGCAGCCCGUUAGAACCCAGAUCAUUCCGGAUGAGAACACUAUCUUGGGCCCCGAACAACAUCGCGUAGACGGAAUGGGUACCUUGAAUCCAGGGAAUGGUUCCGUUGCGAAGAAGCAGGGGAGUCCUCGAUCUCGACUCACAGUAGUAGCGCGGCAGCUUCACCAAGGGGCGAGGAUUGUGUACGGGAAUUACUCGCUCGUCAUCUUACUGGGAAUGUCCUUCUUGGGCCAGCUGGGCGAAGACUCGCUUCCUAUGAUCUUGUUGCUCUACAUCUCGAAGCGAUAUAAAUGGGAGCUCGCUGAGCAGGCCAACUUCCUGUGGGCACUCGGAGAAGGCGUAAGAUUUGUCUGCCUAAUUGUCCUCCUUCCGCAAAUCAGUCGAAUGCUCCUGGCGCGCUCCGGUUCAACGGCGUACAAGGCAGAUUACGCGAUUGCUUUGCUGAGUGCUGUGAUGCUGAGUCUGGGCACUUUGCUGCUUGGACUGGGCGUUUCCAUACCUGUUUCUGUUAUAGGUAUGUCUGCUUUUCCUCUACCUCUUUCACGCCAGAGCCUAACUAUAGCUCUAUCUCUCUAGGAGUCAUCCUGAUCUCAACAACGGGAGGACUUCAGUCGGCGCUGCGGUCUCUCGUGACCACGACGAUUUCUCCCGAGGAUAUCAGCGUGGUGUAUUCGAUAU